AUGCCCUUUCCCCCAACUCCUGCAGAUAGCCCAGCCAGGCCUACAAGGGCAUCUCGUACUUCAGCGACAUCGACACCGACUCGACGUCCUACCCAUGGUUCUCGGCAGCCUCUUGGAGCCAACUCGACACAGUCCAGCCCGACUCGGCGCACUCGCUCUUCCACUAAAGCAGAGCGAGAGGCAGCUCAGGCAGCGGCAACGCGCGCUCAGCACCCAUCACCCGUCGUCCGCCGGACCUAUCUCCAUAAUCGAACUAUGCGCCCAGAACGGAGCUCCAGCAUCGCCAGCAUUCCAUCAAUCUUGAGCGACUCGACCCUUCCUUCACUGACCGACCUCUUUCCCCCACAAAAGCCGCUGCCUUUGCGGAUCACCGACAUUUUCAUGGACAAUGCCCUUUGUGCACUGUGCGCUCGAGUUCCAGUAGACGCUGUCAGCCUGCAGUGCGGUCACUCCUUCUGUACCAAGUGCACCAGGGAGGCCUUCCGUGCAGAGUUUAGGACGAAACUGGAGGACUUCCUAGAUGACGACGCGAUCAAGGUGCCCACAAGUCCCCGUACUCAAGCCGAGAUGGUCGCGACCAUCAGAAAGAACGGCAGGGAUCCUGAAGACAUAUUCCGCUACCAGUGUCCAAUGUGUCGAGCCACAGUCAACGAAAGCCCAGUACCCAACUACGUGCUUCGGUCCCUGGUGUCCGAGUUGCAGAGGGAGCUGAUCGUCUUCCUAAUGGCCAGGGGAACCGGCUACAGGGCUACAGCUGAUGAUUAUUAUAAGUUUGAAGGCCUAUUUCUGUAA